GACUGGAAACGUGAAAAGUCACCUGAUAGGAUGCUGCCCUACUCCCUUCUCUGCACAGCAUAAGCUCUCCUCGCCUGGUGAUAGUGGAAGCAACUCUGCAAGGCUUUCCUCUGCUGAGCAGACUGCAGAGUUUGCUGCAAAUGCAAAACUGAAAUCCAUCUUUGUACCGCCUACUUACCGUCCAGGGGGCUUAUAUGUCUUCUUGCCUUCUGUUCUUUCCGUAAACCUCUCUUCUCAAAAGGAAGCUCUAUUCUGCUGCUAGCAAUGCAUUCUGAGAGGUGGCUAUGUUGGUGUUACCCUGCUUUCUGUGUGUGGGCAUUUGUGUUCACAUCCUUGAUUAAAGAUACCACAGCCUGUGAAUCAGAGGAACGUUUAUUUCAUAAACUCUUCUCCCAGUACAACCAGUUCAUCAGGCCGGUGGAAAAUGUGUCUGAUCCUGUCAGAGUGUAUUUUGAAGUGGCCAUUACCCAGCUUACAAAUGUGGAUGAAGUCAAUCAGAUUAUGGAAACAAAUUUGUGGCUAAGACAUAUUUGGAAUGACUACAAAUUGCGAUGGGAUCCCGGAGAAUAUGAUGGCAUUGAAUUUGUUCGGGUACCAGCGGAUAAAAUUUGGAAACCAGAUAUUGUGUUGUAUAAUAAUGCUGUGGGAGAUUUUCAAGUUGAAGGCAAGACCAAAGCCCUCCUUCACUAUGAUGGAAUGAUUACCUGGACCCCACCAGCUAUCUUUAAAAGCUCCUGUCCUAUGGAUAUUACCUUUUUCCCAUUUGAUCAUCAGAACUGUUCACUGAAAUUUGGCUCAUGGACCUAUGACAAAGCCAAAAUUGAUCUUCUGAUCAUUGGAUCCAAAGUAGAUAUGAAUGACUUUUGGGAAAACAGUGAAUGGGAAAUAGUUGAUGCUUCUGGCUACAAACAUGACAUCAAAUAUAACUGCUGUGAAGAGAUCUACACAGACAUAACAUAUUCCUUUUAUAUUCGAAGGUUGCCAAUGUUUUACACCAUAAAUCUGAUCAUUCCCUGUCUCUUCAUCUCAUUCCUGACUGUGUUAGUUUUUUACUUGCCAUCUGACUGUGGUGAGAAAGUGACUCUUUGCAUCUCUGUGCUCCUUUCUUUGACUGUAUUUUUACUGGUGAUCACAGAAACAAUCCCAUCCACCUCCUUAGUAAUUCCCCUCGUAGGUGAAUAUUUACUCUUCACUAUGAUAUUUGUGACUCUGUCAAUUGUCAUCACGGUGUUUGUCCUGAAUAUACAUUACAGGACUCCAACCACACACACAAUGCCCAAAUGGGUAAAAACCGUCUUUCUUAGCCUGCUCCCCAAAGUCCUGUUGAUGCAGAGGCCACUAGAACAGCAGAAAAAAAACAUCUCCAGAAAAAACAAGAAAGGAUCGGCCAAUAUGCCAGGCAAGUCAAAGCACAGCAAACACGAAGAUACCAAAUUACACAAAGAGCAGCGAUGCAGCCACUGUGAUAAGGUAACUGAACUCACUAGCACCAAAAGAAGACAACUGAGCCAUCAGUCACUGAAAUGGAUGGCAGAGCACAUGGAGUACUCCCCAGAAGUGAAGGAUGUCAUUAGCAGCGUUCAGUUCAUUGCAGAGAACAUGAGGUCUCAAAAUGAAACCAAAGAGGUGGAAGAUGAUUGGAAAUACAUAGCUAUGGUGAUAGACAGAGUAUUUCUCUGGGUAUUUAUAAUCCUUUGUGUGUUUGGGACUGCAGGGCUCUUUGUCCAGCCACUACUAGCAGAUACAUAACUUGAGCCACUCCUUUUUAUCCACUUUUGUUCUUGUUUCAUUUUUGGCUCGGAGCUGUCCCCUAUAUUUCUCUCCUCUUACAUAACCCCUCUGCUCAUCACCUCCUCAGCACCCAGCCACAGAGGAAAGGAGAAGGAGAGGGAAGGGUCUGCUGGGAAGGCAAACAAUCCAAAACAGAAUGAGAAGAGGACUGAAAAAUGGGAGAUGAGCAUGUGGUCUUUCUAUGGUGGAAUGCCUGGGAUUUUUAGAGUGCCUGCCUGUCUUUUCCUCAGUGAGAUCAGCAAUAACAAUCGCACUGAGGAUCACAGGACCAGAUUGAAGUUACUGAGCUUUUUCCUUGGUUUCAGUACAGGGUGCUAUUAGGACAGUUCAGGCACUUCUGAGUGCAUUGCCCAAAGAGGACUCUACCUGGCUUAAUUUUUCUCUCCUGAUCAUAACUGUUCCUCAGCUUUAAGUUAAUUUACAUUUCCUCUCUAUUUCUCUCCUUGUACAACAACUAGUCUUUGGUAUGGCACUUAGACGAGGUACCACAGUCCUACUGACUGGAUCAGUGUUCCUUAUUGUGUUCUUGUGUCAGAGCAGACCAUAAUCAAAACAAAAGUACAAUCAAACCAAUCCCUCGGCCCUGUAACAUUUUCAAUACAAUCUCAAAUAAGCAGUCCCCAUCUUCUGCAGUAUAUGUACACAAAGGAGGGUCCCAGAUCAACAAAGCACAUGUUUACAUUUAUGUUUGAAGUCAGACAGGUCUUAACUACUUAAUCAUAGUUGAAGACAAACCAACUUAGUAUUUUGCACUGCAUGUAGCCUUGCUGACAUCAUCUGAGGCAUCCUAGAGUCACCAAAGAGGAAAAACCUGGAUGCACUAUGGAAGACCAGAAAAGACCUGAACUAUCUGUGGUUACCGUGUAAGGCAUCCACAUUUGAAAUCUACAUGCUGCUAAGACCUUUAAAAACUAGUUCAUCUGCCACUUAACUUUGCAUGUGACCAAAGUCCCCUCUACUUCCUGAUACUGAAUACCAACAUCUUGGUGAGCUCCAGUAGGAUUUCCAAGCCACAUUUUUCUCAUCAGGUUACCAGUGGUCCCAGUCCACACGUUCUACUCUGAAAACUCUUGCUUGCUCAGGCUCAGACAUAAGCCUAACAGGGAAGGGUUUGUCCCUGAGUAACUACUCAUCACAGACAAAAUUGGCUUGACAGCAUUGGAUUGAUCUAAGUUUUCCUGUGUUUUUAAAACUCAAGACCAGCUUGGAUUACACACAUCACCACAGCAGGAGAAGGCUGGCUAUCAUGAAGCCUAUGCAAAGCUGGGCACCUUGGUCCAAACAGCUCUGCAGCAAUUUUCUAUUUGCUGGCUCAUCAUGGGUCAGUGCUGUGUGUUCAAACCUGUAAUUGUGGGGACACUUCCCUUUGGGGCUGAGGUUGUUGCUAUGUAACCAGGUUCCCAAUCCUAGUGUGCUUAAUCCUGAAACACUUUGUAGAUGUGCACCUGAUGUGGUCUCUAUACUAUGAUGUGGACAGUUUACCCUCAGGUCCCUUGCCUGUUUAGAUUCCUUUUGGUUUUGUGCUGAAGGGUUCUUCUCUAAAAGGCACCAUUCCAAUUAGAGCCAACGGCUUCAAGAGUAAAAAGCCCUUCUGUCUUAUAGGAGGCUCUAAAUUUAACUGUACAGUGUCAGUGCAGUGUUUUCAGUGUCUGCCGUGUACCAGUGUCUGCUUUGAACAUCACCAGUCCUUGGAAAGUAUGACUCUGAUUCUAAAGUCCCUGACUAGCCUUUUACUCUCUUUUGAUGCUCCAUAAUAAAGAGAAUAAGACUGAAUAAAUAUAUGUGUCAGAGAUAAGGGUGGAAUGACAAGAAUAUAACUGUCUUAAUCCAGUAGUUGAAAUAUGUAAAAAGUCAUGAUUUUCUAGAAGAAAACCGUAUUUUCUGUAAUUCCCCUGAAUUUUGCAUAAUUAUGUAGCGACUGACAGACAGAUGUAUGAACAAGCAUGGUUUGUUUUGUCAGCCUGUCAAUUAAAUGCCACUCCUGGGAUAUA